GUGAAAUUGCAACAAGUGUAAUUGAAGCUAUAUAUAUAUUCUGAUUCCAAGUCCAACAGCUGUGUGCCAGUGUUGCGCAUAGCGGCGUCUAUAAUUUGGUGUCAAACAAUUUGCAAGAAAUAGUUCAUAAUUUGCGCCCUCAGGCACUUAACAGCCAUCAUGACACUACCGCGUUCUGAAACGCCGUUGCGACGCUCCGCAGUGGGCAGUUACCGCGAGAGCAUGGUGCGGGAUAUAACCGUCAUUAAUGAUGAUGAGGCCGAGCGACAGGAGGCCAGGCGACGGACACUCCAGCAGCAGCGUAUGAGGGAGAGCACCGUGGCCGAAUCCAUUGAGGAGAAUGAAACCAUACGCCAGUGUCUGGAGAUAUACAACGGCAACAAGCUGAGUCGCGACAAUGCCUGGAGCUUGUCGCUGAUCGAUACCCUCUCAAAUCUAUUGAGUCGCCACCACAAGUCGCUUAGUAAUUUUAAGAUGGCUGGCUCUUCGCUGGAGGUCUCCUCAAAAGUAUAUGGCUUGCGGGUGGACUCCAUUUACCUGGACGCUUUACGAAUGUCCGCUGGCUUAAAUGCGCGGAAAGUGACCGAACAGCAGCUAAACGCCGCUGCUGAUGAUGAUGACGGCGCUGAUCGUGCGGAUCCCGCUGAUGGCACAGAUGCAGACAAGCAGGCACAGGGCGCGGUACCAAAGCCAAAAAAACGCGCGCGUAAAGCGGUUUCAACAGUCACAAAGAACAAAGAGACUUUGAAUGCCAGACUGGACACAGCACCGCUGCAGGACCCGGUGUUUGGCAAGCUUAAUUCUACAGUGGGUUCCAUUAACGCCUCAAAUCGAUUAAUGCACAACAUUUUACCCACAAAAGACUCUGAGUUGCGUUUGUGUACAACAUAUCGCUUCUGGGAUGAAAGUGAUUUGCCGAAUGAUGUGUCGGACUAUACGAUAGCUGAGUGUGCCGAUUUCUAUGAACCCCAUGAGGUGGUUAGUGCUGAGUGGGCACUUAAAUUGCUUCAAUGUGAAAAACAAUUAGUGUUACGUCCCAUGUAUACCGGCUAUAUUAUCACUGACGCUCCGAUUCCCACAAAUAGUGGCCCACCUAAAUCGCCAGCUCCGUUAUCUGUAGGUGAAGGUGGUGAUGAUGAUGACGACCAUGGUCACCACGACAAUGGAGAGUUCUUUGAGAAUCCUAAGGAGCUAUCCAUGGUGUUCGAUGUAAAUGCUGACUGCGAACCUAUCCCUGAUCUGAAUGUGAAGGCCGCAGUUCUGGAUGUUGACUUUAACGACCUGGAAGAGCUUACAACUGAGGAACAAAGAGCUUUGAAUCGCUGUCGGGGUCUGCGCAAAAAGCCACAUGUCAUUGAUGACCUGCGACCCGUGGAUGGUACAUCUAAACUGGAAUAUUCCUAUCGCCCCAUGGACAAAAUUUCACAGUUCUGGGCCGGGCCAUCCCACUGGAAGUUUAAGCGCGGUCGCACCACAUUUGGGCAAACUAAUACACAGACCUCUACGGCGGCGACUGGGACCAAUACACAACGCGUUCGUCGCCCACAGCAGCAAGCGAAACGACGCAGCCAGAAACUAAACUUUGGCCAGUGCCACGAUGAACUGUUUCAAGCUAUAGAGACAACCGGAAAGCUGCGCAAAGCUAACUUCCAAAAGAAAUGGGAUCCGCGCAAGCUCACGCUUCCUACAAAAUAUAGUUUCGAACCCAAUUUCUUUUACAAAUACGAGUACGCGCCAAGCAUAAAGGUUACACGCCGCUUCGGGAAAGCUGACACAGACACGGAGUCUGGUGAUGAAGACGAACUCGGCCAUCACACAGAUGCGCCCGAUGAUGCGGAGCUUUUCGACAACGAGCAUUUUAUGCCAGGCACACCAAACUUUGAGAGUGAUCAGGGCUUGAACGUGGGAAGCUCGAAUCCGGACUUGCUGGACGGUGAUGGAGGCGAUGAAGUCACAGGCGAAUUUGGUAGCGGCAAUGGCACAGGCAAUGACAUGGUGCUGGAAAUUGCCACCGAAUAUGAUAAUGCGCCAACUAAGGUCACCAAAGUUGUUGUGCCUUUUGCUAAGCGCGCUAAAGUAAUUGAUAUGAAGAAUCUAAAGCGCAGCUGCAACUCUCUCAUUCAAAAGCAAUUGCUUAACGAGGUGCCGGAGGAAUCGUUACCAGUGCACCCAACAGUAGAUGCGGAACAUUAUGAAAAAGGUGCUGCGAGUUUUAACGAUUUGUAUGCGCACCUCCCAAAAUUGUUGACCACCAAAAUGGCCGACUCGUUAUCGCCCUCGGUGGCGCUGUACGCUGUUUUGCAUUUGGCUAAUGAUUUGAAACUGCGACUCAUUCCACAAGAUGAUUUGGCAGAUUUUAAAAUAAGGCAAGUUAAGGACGACUAACGUUCCAGGGGGCAAAAAAUGUUAACUACCCAGUGGCAGUUCAGCUGAAACUGAACACUUCUCGAACAUUUAUUGUCCCUUGUUGUCAGUUUCUUUUUAAUUCAUUACCUUUUUUAUGAAAAACUUCACUAAUUUAAUAACAUGUUCGAGAAUAUAAAAACUGCCUGAUGAUAUAUAGUAUAUAUUAAAGGCAUAAUGAGUUGAAAGUGGCAGAUAGACCUUAA